AUGGACACAGGCGGGGGUGGGCGUGGCUACCUGCAGAAUAAUGGACGCUCCGCUCAGCCUACCAGGUUGAGCCGCGGUCUGCGAAGGGAGCCAAUGAAAACGAGCCCUUCUCCAGCCAAUCGGCGGGUUUCCGUCGAAGGGGAGCUGGUGUCGUCAGGCUACCUCUUUCCUUUGCUCCAAGCGCCUGCGAAGCCGGAGGAGGAAAGCAGACGGAGCUCUCUCUUCUUCAUUGUGGCUCCCACCCUGGGUCGCCUUUGGGAUUCCCGCGCGCUGCUUCCCCCGGCUCCCGCGCCAGCCCUUCUCGCCUUUAGCCAUGCUGACCAGAGCAUGGACUCCGGGGAACGCGAUGUGCUGUCGACGCGGGAGCAGCUCUUCCACGAGCGGGUCCGGGAGUGCCUCAUCUGUGCCCUUCUCUUUGCCAGCCUCUACAUCCUGUGCUACUUCAUCCUAACUCGCUUCAAAAGGCACACUGACUUCACAACAGUUGAUGAAGAUGCUGCUGUCAACAGAAUUGCACUCUGGCUGUGCACCUUCACCUUGGCAGUAUCUCUAGGAGCUGUGCUCCUGCUUCCCUUCUCCAUCAUCAGCAACGAAGUGCUGCUCACCUUCCCGCAAAACUACUACAUCCAGUGGCUCAAUGGGUCCCUCAUCCACGGGCUCUGGAACCUCGUCUUCCUCUUCUCCAACCUCUCCCUCGUCUUCCUCAUGCCCUUCGCCUACUUCUUCACCGAAUCCGAAGGUUUUGCAGGAUCAAAGAAGGGGAUCAUGGCUCGCGUCUAUGAGACAUUUGUGGUGCUCCUGCUGCUGACCCUGUUGGUGCUGGGAAUGGUCUGGGUCGCAUCUGCCAUUCUGGACAACAACGCAGCCAGCAGGGAGAGUCUCUAUGAUCUGUGGGAAUACUACCUCCCCUACCUCUACUCGUGCAUCUCCCUGUUCGGUGUGUUGCUGCUCUUGUUGUGCACCCCCUUUGGCCUGUCACGGAUGUUCACCGUCACAGGGACACUGCUGGUGAAGCCCAGGCUGCUGGAGGAUUUAGACGAGCAACUGAACUGUACAGGAUUUGAGGAAGCUGCCAUUUCGCGUAAGAUCCACUCUGGGAAAACAUCCUGCUGGCUCAACUUUGAUAUGGAAGUGCUGAGGCAACAAUACCUAGCAAUUCACGCACACAGGAUAACUCUGGAAACACGCCGCAAAGCAUCUGCUUGGCAAAGGAACUUGGGAUACCCACUGGCCAUGCUUUCUUUGUUAUCUCUGACGGGCAUCUCUGUUCUGGUUGUCUGUUUUCAUGUCUUGGAGCUGCUGUUGGACGAUGCGGCCAUGCCUCGAGGGAUCCAGGAUGCACCAUUGGGGAAAGUUUCUUUCUCUGUCUUUGGCUCUUUUGGGGCAGCCAUGCAGGUGAUCCUCAUAUUCUACCUAAUGAUUUCCUCCGUGGUGGGAUUCUACAGCUCCCCACUGUUUACCAAACUGCUGCCUGAGCAACACGACACAGCCAUGACCAAGAUAAUCGGAAACUGUGUCUCGUUGUUGGUGUUGAGCUCUGCCCUCCCAGUUUUGUCUCGGACUUUGGGAAUCACGAGGUUUGACCUGCUUGGCGACUUUGGGAGGUUUAACUGGCUAGGAAACUUCUACAUUGUCUUUCUCUACAACAUGCUCUUUGCUGGCCUCACAACUCUUUGCCUGGUGAAAAAAUUCACCUGGGCUGUGCAAGCUGAACUCAUCAGGGCAUUUGGCCUCCACAAGCUGCCUCUACCUGUGACUCGAUCCCAUCAGCCGUGCAAGCUCAGCUAGGAUCAGUGUUUGUGCCUGAACCAAGCCUGGCAAGGCCGCCCACCUUGCCUGUGAGCCACUGCCGGGACAUCCUUACCUUGACGUCGUGAUUGUUGCUUGUCUUCUGAGCCAUCGGACUGCAGCAGACGAGGGCAGGGCAGAGAGCUGCCUUUGCCCUGCCUUCAUUUUGACCAAUGACUUGUCGGAAAGGAGGGAAGGUGGCAUUUUCAGCCUCUCCUCCCUGUUUCCCAGAAGCCCGAGGAGGGCGAUAGACUUGAAUUCUCUUGAGACCUCACCAUCCUCUCUGAGGUCCCUGUUCCUGCCAGCUGAGGGAACAUCUCAGUAGCUCACACUGUGACUUUGGAACUGGGGCAGUGUGAAUUGGUUGUGGAGAAAGAAGCCUUGGGACUGUCUAAGAGAGAGAUCGAUGUAGAAUUGGCCCCGGGGCAUUGUUAGGGAGCAACGCGGGAGAGAGAGACUGUGGGGGAAAGUCCCUUGCCCCCACAGGGGUGCUGCAGAUUCCUGCUCUUGCUCCCUCUCUCCCUUGUUUACAUUUGACAUUGUCUUAAACCUCAUGCCCAUGGUGGCCUCUCACUAGACCGUAGGGCCGAAAACGUUUCCAGUUAGGAAUUCUGAGCCAGUUCUGUGUAGUAGAUCGAACUCCGUUCCAUUGUUUACAUACCUCACUCAAGUGCAAUAUAAGCUGGCGCUAUUGAGCCAUCUAUCCAUGGCUUUCUGUUCAGCAGCCAUCUCUGUGAGAGACUA